AUGGAAUGCCCCGCGGCCCCGUUCCGGAGCCGCCGCCCGAAGCCGCGGCUCACACCCGUGGUGUUUUGCAGCUGCUGCUGUGCGCCCAGGUGUCAGAGCGAGCGGCCCCAGGAUGGCCAGGAGCGAGAAGGAAGGAGACAGCCGCUGCCCGGCCUGGUGCCCCGCUACUCCGUGCUGGAUGCCGUCACCUGGGGGGCAGUGGCCGCACUUCUUCUGCAGCUGGUCAGACAGAUCUCGUGGCUCCGAUCGCUGCCGGAUGCCAGGAGGGAGCACAGAUCUUCCUGGCUUUCCUCCCUGCCCGCUCAGCAGACAGUGGUGACUGAAGCCUCAACCAGUUGUCCCAGUGCGCAUCUGGCGCCAUGCUUCUUGCAGAAAGCAGGUCCAGAGGUAGCACCAGAGAAUUCAUGCCCCGGCAUCCCCUCAAGUCCAGGAGAGAGCCAGCUCUGGGCAGAAGAAGGGGAGUUCCCAGUCCCUCAGCACUCCAGCCCAGGGCCAGUUCCCCACAGUACAAAGGGUGACCCAGCUCAGCGAGGGCAUUUGGAGGAAGCUGCUUUCCAGUUGCAGCAGAUUUUCCGGGUUGAUAUUUCCAUUGCAUUCAAUAUCCUUGGGAUUGAAAGUAUGAGAGCAGGCCACUACCAAAUAGCUUAUACCUGCUUCAAACUGGCAGCAGAUCGAGGCUACAGCAAAGCCCAGUUCAACGUGGGUCUGUGUUAUGAGCAUGGCAGAGGCACAGAAAAAGACUUGGAAAAGGCAGCUUUCUAUUACUACCGCGCGGCCAGCAGCUGUCACCCCAUGGCACAGUACCGCUACGCUAGAUGCCUCUUAUGCCACAGUCCUGAAAAUGAAUGGCACAGGCUUCAGAAGGCAGUGUCUUUCCUGGAGCAAGCAGCAGUGGCUGGGCUUACAGAGGCACAGGCUUAUCUUGGAGUGUUCUACAUGAGGGGGGUACAACCUAAGGAAAAGAGAGGUCUGAAGUACCUGUUGCUGGCAGCAAAGAAUGGCGAUGCCCAAAGCAGGUAUCACGUGGGUGUUUGCUAUGAGAAGGGCCUUGGGGUGCAACAGAGCCUGGCAGAAGCGAUGAGACACUAUCGACAGGCAGCUGCUGCGGGGAACAGGAGCGCUCAGGAGAGGCUGCAAGUGAUACAAGAGGAGAUGAAAGAUGUGCAAAGAAAGCACCCGUUCCCUUGCGGUAUUCGAGCCUCUUCCUCCAGCCCCUGUUUCUGGGCCUUUGAGCACAUGCCUGCAGGUCUCUCCACCUCCCAGCCCAGACAAUCUGCCCUCGCCCUGCCCCACUCCUGGAGCGCAGACAGACUCCACGUGAUGACGCUCAGCAGUGCAGAGUGGAGCCAUGCCCUGGGAAACAAGGUGACUCCGCUGGAGCUGUAGUGCUUGAGACCCACCCCUGCUGCUACUAGAGCAGCUGCCACCACACUGCCUACAGAACAGGAGCACUGUCGUCCAGCCCAAGGCUCUUCCCACGUGCUGACAGCUGCCGCAGAAGCCCUGAGCCUGUUUCACUGUGGACUUGGACCUUCUGGGACAGAAUCAUUUCAAAGAGGGUGC